AUUUAUUGAGAAGGCCCCGAAUGGACAGCACGGGAAAGCUGGGAAAAAAAAAUAUAUAUAUAUAUAUAUAAUUUUCAAGAAACCUGUAGAAAAAAUAAAUGCGAGAGCGCCUAAGGAAGGUUUCGCGGCAGAAGGGAAAUAAUCCUGCCAGUAGAUCGGGGUGACGAAUUUCCCAAGGAGCAGCAGCUCGGGCAGCCGAUGCCGGGGGGCGGCGGGGACCCCCUUCCCUGCAAAGAGACCAGCAACAGUACUCCACAUUUUGCACAAAAGCUUGGAGCAAAUCCUUCCAGCUCCCUUCCUGACCCAAGAAAGGGUCCUUAUUUCACCCAUCCUUCAGCCCAGUUGGUGCGAUGCUCCCACCCGGACCACCUCCACCCCCCAGCCGGUUCCCCCCCAGCUCCCCUGGAAGGAGCAGGUCGGGGAGGAAGCAUCACUGGCUUUUUUUAUCGAGCUAAUUUCCUUGUUACCUUUAUUUUGUCAGUGGCGCUUUGGAGGCUUGCAAGGAAAUCAGGCUCAGAAGGAUUUCGGAACGGAGAGAAUCCGAAGCCGGAGGGGGGGGGCUGCCCCGAGAGAGGAGGGGGCCGGGAUGUCCGUGAGCUCGGGUCGGGCUCGGCGCUGCCCAGCUCGCUUUGCCAUCAAGGUGGAUUGGAAAAGGGAAAACCCAAAGGUGGUGUCUGCGGGCUGAGCUCCCGAGGAGGAGCGAUGGCAGGCGAGGAGGAUGAAGCUCCCGAGCCCCACAGAGGACCCGCUGCAGCCAGGAGCUGCAACCCCACCUUGAACGGCCACUUCAAGCUAAGGGCUUCCCCUCACUGUGUUUUUACAUGCUUUAAUUGUUCAUUUAUGAUGCCGGGUUUGGGGAAAAGCACGUGGGAAAUUUGGGGCUGGCUGAGAAGGGGGAAAGAACCCCCAAACGGAACCCGUGCAUCACCCUCCCGAGCCGGCUGCCCUUGGGUUUUUUUCUCUCCGCCCGCAAACCGAAAGGGUUCAGGUGUAAAGGGUGUGCGGAGGCGCGGGAUGGACGGGGAGAGGCCGGCGGGGGAGGGCGAUAACUCGGGGGGAGCCUGGGGUGUCCCUGCGCGGGGCUCUCUGCUCCCUGCGGGGGGACGGCAGGAAGGCUCUGGGGGUGCCACCGUGCCCCGAGGGAGGGGGGUUCGCUGCGAGCCGCUCGCCGGUGCCGCAGGAGGGAGGGUUUGCCCGCCCCGUUUCUCCAUGGAGCUCACCCCAACCCCGCCAGCCCGGCGCCUCCAGCCCGGACCCGCCCGGCGCCCCCCCCGGGCCGGGGUGACAGCGAGCGGGGUGACAGCGAGCGGGGCGGGCCCGCAGGGUGCCACGGCCACUCGCCUCCGCCCUGCCAAGCACCAGCGCCUGAAGGCGAUGGCCACAUCAGGACAUUUACCCCGCCGAGACGACAAACAAACGAUCCAUUCAUCCACCCAUCCAUCCAUCCAUCCAUCCCGGCCGGGGCAGCGCCUGUCCCUCCCCGGAGCUGCCCCCCCACCCGCGGUCACCGGACCCUCGGAGACGGCUUCCCGGCACCAGGAGUAA